AUGAGCCUGGAUCCUUUGCUGCCCAUCGCUCCCGCGAGGGUGAAGGCUCUACUUCUGCCACUCGGCAAGCUGAGAGCCGACAAGUUUGCCUCGUUUGCCGACAGGCUGCGUGCCGAGCAUGUCGUCCAACUGCGAGACAUCAGCCCCGAUGGCCGUCCCAACAGAAACAUGUUCUCUCCAUUGGCAUACCCAGACGGUGCGAUGCUGUACGACCUCAUCACCCACGUGCCUCCGCCGUCCCACCUCUCCCUCUCGCCCUUCGACUUAUACCGGGAGCCCCUGGCCGUCAUCGCCGUGGCAGACGGCACCGAGCUCCAGGAUGCUUCCUUUAGCAAGAGACACUCUGCGAGCGGGGCGGCCACGACGAUCACGGAGAAGAACAUCAGGGCCCUGUAUCAGGAGCUCGAAGAUGUGCGCGAUGUCUACCCCAAAGCCUUGGUCCACCAGGCCAUCGUCUUCGACUACGUCCCUCCAACAAACACUGGCAUACCGAUGCCCGAGGGCAUCAUAGAUGUUCCGCCCGUCGAGGACUGCAAACGAACUACAAUGAAGACCGUCAUGUGCAACAUCUCGUCGAUGCUGCUGGCCGAAAUGACGACGCUGGCGAGAUCCUUCGAGGCCAUGACCCUCAUCGAGUCUCCCGGCCAUCCUGGAAACUCAGUCUAUGCCAACGGCAGGGCUUUCGGGGCAGGCGGCGCGCUUGAAAACGGGAUUUCGAGGCGCAACUCUCAGUUCUCCCUCCCGCACCACAGUUCGCGCCCGAGCUCCGCUGCCGGCUUGGACAACACUCGCCAUAGCCGGUUAUCGAUGCCGCCUAUGGCGUCCCGUCCCCCACUCAGCUCAAGCAGCUCGAUGCCGGCACGGCCCUCGACGCCAGUCAAGAGCAGUCUGUCAAACAUUGCCAUGAGCCCCGACGACGGGCACAGCGUCUCCGGCAGCGUUCACUCCAGUCCCGAGCACAAGAGCGUCAGGUCAGACGCCGACAAGUCUCGCGACCGCGUAACUGUCCAGGGCUUCGGACCGGGAGGCGCCAACGACCGCUGGCGGCUCAAAGGCAAAGGACGGACCUCGGUCGUCAUUGGCUCCAUGUAUCUCCAGGCUGGCCGGUGGAGCGACUCACUCAAAGAACUGGCCGAGGCCGCCGCCACUGCGCGAUCGGUCAACGACCACAUCUGGCAUGGCAAGGCUCUGGAGCUCAUCCUCGUGAACCUCUUUCUUCUGGCCUGGUCCAAGCUGGAAUUUCAGGUCCCGGCGAUACUCAUGCCUUCUCGGGAGCGAUCCGCCAGCCUGCCGGCGCUCAAAUCAGAUCCGGAGGUUGCUGAUUCGACCGAGCCCAAGUAUCGUCGAGAUCUCCAAAAUAUAAUACCCGAGCUCCUGGAGAGAAUUGUCGGUCUAUACUCGAGAAUCUCGGCCGAACACCUACCGCCGCUUCCACUGUCAGAAGCGACCAUUCGAUUCUCCAAGAUCCUCACGGCGAUGCAUCUUUGCGGAGGACGGCUGGAUCAGCGGGCGCUGGACAUCAUCGUCUGCAGCACACACACCCCUGAACGCCUGACGACGUCACCUCGGUUAAAUAUCUCUCCCCCGAGGCAGCACAUUGUCAACUUUUUGUUCAGGGCCUUCCCCUCAUCCGCCGCGGAACUGCUGACUCCUGCUGAUCGCGCGUCGGUCUUGAGCGGCAUGGCGUCUGUGCUGGGUUCGCUAGGCUAUCAUCGAAAGAAGGCCAUGGUUAUUCGAGAGCUAGUAUCCGUCCUCAUCGGGGGCCUUGUGGAAGCGCGAACGCGGGGGGCGGCGGAAGCGGGCGUCCACCCUGCUGCAGGGCUGGUAUCACUGGCACCAGGCGGCGAUGGGAACAGUGGCGGCGUGGCGCUGGAUCUCGGGGAGGGGGAUAUUGAACAUGGGCUCGAGGCAUUUCUAGAGCUAUUGUGCAAGUCGUACGGCAUCGUCGGCUUCGAGACGCACGAGAAGAAGGACGGAGUUUCACCCGGGACUCUUGAUGACUCUGACGAGGCGGCCGUUGCUAGGAUACUUGACCAAUCGUCGACGAGAUUCUUCGGCUUCACCAGCAUCAAACUCAAUAUUCUGCGGGCCUGCAUCAACUUUUCCGAGGCACUGCCGGACUUCAACGGAGUGCUCAAGUUUUCCAGCGACCUGCUGCGCACCGGAGGGUCGGGAAUAGCACCGGGCCCGCGACGGGAGGAUGCCGCGCCGAUGAUCCACCGAGACGAGCAGGUCCGCUUGACGACCAACGUUUCCCGGACGGCGAGCCUGGCCCAGAGGAUAGGCAUGGGUCACCUGACGGCGGAGUAUUGGGAUGAGUUCCUCGUUAGGAGCGUCGUGCUGGAGCCUCUCCCAAAUACACGAACCCCGAUACCCCACGCCCGCAGCGUCCUCCCCGGAGCCACGGCUGGCCGGGCUUCGCAGGACGUCAACCCGUUCAUCUACAACCCGUUCCUGAAGGAACCUGAUGAGGUGGCGGCGCAGAACCUGGUGGCUGGUGAGCUGGCCACCUUUCGGGUUACACUGCAGAAUACGUACGACAUUGAGGUGGAAAUCGAGAGCAUACGCCUGUGCACCGAGGGGGUGGAUUUCGAAGCCUUGACGGAAAGCGCUUUCCUGGGUCCGUAUCGAAGCCAAAUAAUACGACUCAAAGGGCGGCCGCGGGAGGCCGGGUCCAUCACCGUCACGGGCGCGAUGGUCAAGGUCCGUGGUUGCCGGGAAAGACGGUUCCCCAUCUUCACGAAAGCUUGGACGCCGUCGAUGCAAGACAAGAUCAAGGCCAAAGGCAUGAUUGCUCUGGAAGACGGCGACAACACGACCAAGCCGACAGAGGAAGCCUUUGCGCCCAAGAGGCUGAGCCUGAACGUGAUCCAGGCACAGCCGCUCGUGGUGGUCAAGUCGACGACUCUUCCGCAAUCCUCAGUUAUGAUCUUGGAAGGAGAGAGGCAGGUGUUUUCGGUGACAAUACAAAAUACGUCGGCGACUCCGGUGGACUUUAUUCUUUUCUCGUUCAAGGAUUCGACGCAGGCCCCGUUGCAGGAAGCCCUCGGCAAGCGGGAUGCCACGCCGGCAGAGCUGUACGAGUACGAGCUGAUUCUCACCAGGAGACAAGCACUGCGACUUCCACGCAGCGAUCAGGGCCGCAACAUUGCGCCUGGCGGAGAGGCGACGUUUGAGUUUGAGAUACUGGGCAAACCCGGUCUGACGCACGCGACGAUCCAGGCCGACUACACGUAUCUCGGGGUUCCCCGCGACGAGGUGACGGAGCAGUUUUACACUCGUCAAGUCUGCCUGGACCUUACGGUGACGGUCAACGCCAGCGUCGAGCUGACGCGGGUGGACGCACUGCCGAUGCACGGCAAGAUCCCGCAGCCCCUCUGGGAGAGACUGGGCGGGAGCACUCGAGGAAAGGAAGACGAAUAUUGUCUUGUAUGCAUGGACCUGCGCAACGCUUGGCCGAGCCACAUGGCCGUCCGCCUAGAGGGCGAGGACGGUCUGGUGGUGGACGAGUACGUGCUUCCAGGCAAGACAAGCCGCGUUGCCAUACCCGUCAGGAGGAUCUACCUGGAAGAAGCACACGAGUCGAUUCCGAGCUUGAACCCGUCCCGAAACAGGCAGUUCGUCGUGAGCACCAGUAAGAUCUCGCCGGAAAUGGAACGGGCCAAUCGAGAGGCUUUCUGGUACCGGGAGAAGAUUUUGGACAACGUCAAGGCAACGUGGCGGACGACGUCGGUGCCCAAGCGGAGUGGCGCGGUGGAGCUUCGCAACAUCCGGCUCACGUCUCGAAUGAUUGAGGCGAUCAAGGUGGACGAGGUGGACAUUAACAUAAGGGUAGAGGACCCGAGCGAGCCCGACGGUGGCGCUCGAAAGGUGGCUUACGUGGACGACUUCAUGGCGUUGCGGGUGGACAUCAGGAACAGGACGAGCAAGUCGAUAUUCCCCCUUGUCAGGCUGAUCCCAGCCCUCUGCCACCGGCCGAUGAACGUGGCGCUGGACCACACACGCAAGUUUGCGUGGAACGGGACGCUGCAGCAGCUGCUGCCCGAGCUACCGGGGAACAGCGCCACGAGCUUCAGCAUGGGAGUGACGGCUCUGUGCAGGGGCGAGUUUGAGCUGACGGCCUCGGUGGAGGAGGUGCAGACAUUCGCAGAGGGGUCCAAGGACGGGGCGGCGCGGCAGCGGCAGCGGCGCAUGUGGCACUCGAGGAGGCCGUGGACGCUGACGGUCAAGGAUCGAGACUAG